AUGAAGCCUUCCGCGAUUCUCCUUGGCCUCGCCACCCUCGCCAGCGCCUCGUCCUCACACCGGAACUACGAAAGGAACGAUUACUAUGUACUCGAACUGGAUUCGCGUUCAUCUCCCGAUCAGGUCGCCGAGCGCCUGGGUCUGAGGCAUGAGGGUACACUCGGCAGUCUAGACGAUCACCAUAUCUUCUCUGCCAGGAAGGCUGCGCACGAUAUCGUCAAACCUGCCCUGCAGGAGCGCAAGCUGAGGAAACGCUCCAUGGGCGGAUUCGACGUUCUUGACGGCGUUCGUCUGGCGCAGAAGCAACAACUUCGGAAGCCCAUGGAGAAGAGGGUUCCUCCGCGCCCCCAUGGCCCUUCCAACUUCGCUCGCCAGGAGCAGCCCGAUCCAAAAGUUGUUGCUCAGAUGAACGAUCUGAUGAAAACCCUCGGAAUCGCCGACCCCAUCUUCAACGAGCAGUGGCAUUUGCUCAACACGAUCCAGCCGGGGCACGACAUCAACGUCGCUGGUGUCUGGAAGCAGGGCAUUACAGGCAAGAACGCAACCGUUGCUAUUGUCGACGACGGUCUCGACAUGUACAGCGACGAUCUGAAGCCGAACUACUACGCCGCCGGCUCUUAUGACUUCAACGAUCAUCGGGAAGAGCCCAAGCCUACUCUCAGCGACGACCGGCACGGCACCCGCUGCGCCGGCGAGGUAUCCGCGGCGAGGAACGACGUGUGCGGUGUUGGUGUGGCCUACGAAUCCAAGAUUGCCGGUAUCCGUAUCCUUAGUAAGCUGAUCUCGGACGCCGACGAGGCUGUCGCCAUGACCUACGACUAUCAGCACAACGACAUCUACUCUUGCUCUUGGGGUCCGCCUGAUGACGGUCGAUCAAUGGACGCGCCAGGUAUCCUGAUCAAGCGUGCUAUGCUCAAGGGUAUUCAGCAGGGCCGUGGCGGCAAGGGAUCCAUCUACGUCUUCGCCAGUGGUAACGGCGCCGCCAACGACGACAACUGCAACUUUGACGGCUACACCAACUCAAUCUACAGUAUCACUGUUGGCGCCAUCGACAGGAAGGGCCAGCACCCUUAUUACUCGGAGAAGUGCUCUGCUCAGCUGGUUGUCACCUACAGCAGUGGCAGCGGAGACGCUAUCCACACCACCGACGUUGGGCAAAACGCCUGCUACAACGGCCACGGAGGCACUUCCGCAGCAGCCCCGUUGGGCGCUGGUGUCUACGCUUUGGUUCUCGAGGCUCGCCCUGACUUGACCUGGAGAGACAUGCAGUGGCUUGCCAUGGACACUGCUGUUCCCGUCGACGAGGCCAACGGAGAGUAUAUGCCGACCAAGAUCGGGAAGAAGUUCAGCCACACGUACGGAUACGGCAAGAUUGAUGCUUUCAAGAUGGUCGAGGCAGCCAAGACUUGGAAGAACGUCAAGCCGCAGGCGUGGUACUACUCGCCCUGGAUUCACGUCAACAAGGACAUCCCCCAGGGCAAGGACGGUGUCGCAGUCAGCUUCGAAGUUACCGCCGACGCGUUGAAGCAGGCCAACUUUGAGAGAGUUGAGCAUGUCACGGUCACUAUGAACGUGAAUCACACACGCAGAGGUGACUUGAGCGUUGAUUUGAUCAGCCCUGAUGGAUUUACCAGCCAUCUGUCCGUCACCCGCAAGAUGGAUUCGGCCAACACUGGCUAUGUUGACUGGACUUUUAUGAGCGUUGCCCACUGGGGCGAGUCUGGCAUCGGCAAGUGGACCGUCGUCGUCAAGGACUCCCAGGAGAACGACCACAAGGGCACUUUCGUCGACUGGCACCUGAAGCUUUGGGGCGAGUCGAUUGACGCGAGCAAGGCGACGCUCCUCCCCAUGCCGACUGAAGAAGACGACAACGACCAUGCGCUUGUUGCCACGACCACGCUGCCGGCUGCCGUCACGUCGAUGACGCAUCCCGCCGAAAACACUGUGCCGGCUGCCAACCCCACGGACCACCCUGAGCGUCCCACCAAGAUCAAGCCCACUGGAGGCGAAGAGGCGACGCCUGCCGAGACGGGCAAGCCGACAGAUACUCAAGAGACGCCGAGCGCUGCCACCACCAGCCCGUCGAACUGGGUGUCUUGGCUGCCAUCGUUUGGAAAGGCCGGAGUGUGGGUCUACGGCGCCAUUGGUCUCAUUGCCGUCUUUUGCUCUGCUCUCGGAAUCUGGUUCUUCAUCAGGAAGCGCCGCAACAGCACGCCUCGCGACAACUACGAAUUUGAGUUGCUCAACGAGGACGAAGCCGAAGGCCUGAACGGCGAGAAGCGCACGCGGGGUCGCGAGCUCUACGAUGCGUUUGCCGGGGAUGAUGAGGAUGAUGAGGAUGAGACAGGCGUAUACCACGACAGUCGGGAGCGCUCAAGAGAGGGAAGCGGCAACAGAGAGACGGACAGGUUAACCGAAAAAUAA